GCCUGUCAAUUUUACGCUAAGUCACUGAGUUGCGCUGCUCGUCCUUCACUUUCUCUAAACGCUCCCAGCAGCUAACAACAGCGAUCUGUUUUCCAGCAAUGGGACGGGCUGGCACCACAAUGAAACAUUAGCCUCGAAAUGUGACUUUCCGGAACGAAUAAUUGAGGAAGGGAAGGAGCUUAAGUUUGGAGAACUAAUCCCAAAUGUUCCAAGGAUGUUUCAUCCAGAUAGGCGUUGCUUACGUUUGGAUGUGAUUUUGGUUAGCGUGAUGGGUCUGAUUUGGACGAGCAGUUUUGCCAAAACUUCUUCGGACUUUUCCGGAUAUAUGUCCAGGGUUUUGAAGAAUUAUACGGAACAUGCCUGUGAUGGAGAAUAUAUCUCGCUGCGUUGUCCCCACAAAACCACCAUCAGUAUCCAGUCUUCAUUUUACGGCAGGAAGGCACCCAGUCACCAGAUGUGCCCAUCACGUUAUGGACAGAGUUUUAAAGACAUUGAAAUGGAAGAUUUGUCCUGUUCAGCUGUCACAUCCUUGCAGAAAAUGUUGGAUGAAUGCCAGGACAGGAGGAGUUGUCAGCUUCUUGUCAAUAGUAGAAUAUUUGGGACAGACCCUUGUCCUGGAACCAGCAAAUACCUCAUCGUAUGGUACAAGUGCCGGCCAAAUGAAUACAAGAGUAAAGUGGCUUGUGAAGAUGACAAACUGCGCUUGAACUGUAAACGGAGUAUGGUGAUAGCUAUCUAUUCUGCAAUCUUUGGCCGGUCACAAGAAGGAAGCUUAGAAUGUCCUUACUGGAAUGUAGGAGUCCCAGCUGUCGACUGCCAGUCAACCUUAGCUUUACAGAUUAUGACUAAACGAUGCCACAGGAAGAGAAGUUGCAGUGUGUACGCCAGUUCCUAUGAGUUUGGUGAUCCCUGCUAUCCAGGCAUUCGUAAAUUUCUCAACGUUAUAUAUACCUGCGUUCCUAAGAAGUUGUUGGAUGAAAGCAAUCCCAAGCCAACUCAUUAUAAAGGGAUUCAGCAGCUCAAUUUUCCACCACACUACAUGCCUUAUGACCGUAACAUUGUAAGAGAUGGUGUCUUUUCCCAUGAUGUGUUACCUUUUAUAACAGAAGCAUCCUUGCCAGAAGAAAAGAAGAAAGGAAGAUCAGCCUCUAAUUAUCCAAUGGACACCAAACCCCUGCCGAUCCCAGUGGAUGAAAGUGAUAAGAAACUUCUGGAAACGAGGGGUAUUCGGACUGAGAUGGCAUUAUUAAGCAACAUUCUGGAAACCUACUCUUACGUUAUAGCGAAUCCAGAGAAAACGGCUUUAUAUUUCCUGUCUGGCGUGUGCAUUGGACUGAUACUUACACUGUGUGCUCUCGUGGUGCGGAUAUCCUGUCAGACAGACUUGAAGAAAUCAGUGGUUAAGAACACAGAUGUGGAGGACAGUAAUGAUGACGAUGACAGUGACGAUGAUAAUUCUGACACUACCUCCGAUCUCUCAGCCAGGCGACACCGACGCUUUGAGAGAACUUUAAACAUGAAUGUUUUUACCUCAGCAGAGGAACUGGAACGGGCUCAGAGGUUGGAAGAAAGAGAGCGGAUAAUUAGGGAGAUCUGGAUGAAUGGUCAGCCUGAUAUUCCUGCGACCAGAAGCUUGAAUCGCUAUUACUAAUAUGCUAUCUAGAUCAGCGGUGUUGAUAAUGGUAAGAGCUCAGAGUACAUGAUGGUGCUUUCGGUACUCACAGCUGUGCAAGACUGGAACUAUAGAUAUCCUCAGCUCUGGGUGCAUCUCACAAACAAUAACUGGUGCAAAAAUAUUCAUUUCACUAAAUAUUUGGAAGAACUUCUCACCAUGAUCAAGCUAACGUGUUUGACAACCGAAGACCCCAUUGCUGCCCAUGAAUCCACUGAAUCAACAACGUUAAUUCAAAGAAUUUAUCAUAGUUAAUGGAUAUGUUUGUCUAUUUUCUUACAGCAAAUCUGGUCUGAGGCCUCAGGGAGAAAAUCCUGUUAUUUCAUUUGUUUAAGUAUAGUGAUAAAUUUUCAUAUCAUUCAAGAUGUUACAAAAACUUGAGGAUGUGGGGGAAGCAACCUCAUAGAAGCUGCACAGUGAUUUGCAGGAAAUACUCCUGAACAUGACUUGGCCUUUCUAAUUUGACACUGACAACUGGAAGCACUUCAUAAAACAUUAGUGUUUUUGAAGUAACUUUUAUAACUUGCAAAAACAGGAUAUAUGAAUGUAUUGUACCAAAGAUGAGUUAAACAUGGCCAAAAUGUGAUGAUCUAUUGGUUGAAUAUUCACAAAAAAAGAAUGGAAAUCCAUUUCUGAAUGCUGAUUUUCUUCUUGCAUCCUUCCAUUCCAAUUGUUGGAAAUUAUGGAGAGCAGUACAAAAAUAACUAAGUCAGUGUGUCCACUUCUCUCGGCAGCUGCUUAGGUUUAGUUUUGCCCGAGGUUAUCACUGUUAUAAGAAAAAUUGCAAAUGAAAGGAAAACAAAAAUUGCUAAAAGCGCAGAGAUCUGAUGAACAUUACACUGCCUAUUUCCUCCUAAUUCAGACAAGCUGCACGUUUCUGGUAUUUUCUUUCAGUUCUAUAAGUCACAUUGACACUGCAGUUUGAGAUGCUAGGGAACGGACUCUGCUGUCUGACUGCUGACGAACCUUCAGAAAAUCUUUUAUCUAAUAAUUACCAAAAUAUCUUUGAUAUUACAAUAAAACUUUUGUGAAGGGUUUAAGGUUUAUAUAUUCAUAACCUUAGCCACAAAACCCUGACAAAAUCCUUGAUAUUUUACUGUGUAAAAAUAAAUUUGUCAUUUAAAAGAAACAUGCGACCAUCAUUAAAAGUGUAAAAAACAUACAAA